GUAUUAUAUGAUAUAACGGUUGAUAUAAUGGUUGAUAUAAUGGUUGAUAUAACGGUUGAUAUGACAGUUGAUAUAACGGUUGAUAUAAUGGUUGAUAUGACAGUUAAUAUAACGGUUGAUAUAACGGUUGAUAUAACGGUUGAUAUAACG